CUCUCCAUUUUAUCACUUUCCAAGCGAUGAUGCAUCUCACACACUAUUCCUGGCCUUUGUGUGGAUUAUCCGGUAGAUGGUGAAGGAUUCUGGAGCCAUUGUCUGACUGGGAGCUAUGCCGUGGUUGUGAGCCGAGACACCAGCAGCAAGCAUGGCAGAGCAUCUGGAAUGCGAAGGAGCUGUAGAUUGGGAAGAAAGGUGUAUUACACUGGAAUCUCAGCUGAUGAAGUUCCGUAUCCAGGCUAACAGGAUCAGAGAAUUGCUGGCAGAGAAGAUGCAGCAGCUGGAGAGACAAGUUAUUGAUGCAAACCGGCGAGCAGAGAAAGCCUAUGAGCAGGUUCAAAUCAUGGAAGAAAAGCUCAAAGUGGCUGAUGUCCAGACUAGUGAAUCAGAGACAAGUUGGUACAAAAAGAGCCAAGAACUGGAAGUAUUGGUGCAGGAGAAAGAUGACAUUAUCCAGUGCUUGGAACAAGUGCUCGAGGAACAGAAGCAAAUACGGAUGCAAGAAGCAAAGAUGAUAGAAGACAAAGCAGCAAAAAUUAAAGACUGGGUGACAGGAAAGUUGAGAGAGCUGGAAAUUGAAAAUCAAAAUCUCCGGUUUAUUAACAAAAACUACAGCGAGGAAAUAAUUGCACUUCGUUCCAGGUCACAGAUCACAGAGGUGAGAAGUAAGAAAUCCCCAGCCUGUUCCACACCUAAGCAAGUGGAGGGCCAACGUUUGAGCAGUUUAACCUUUGGGUGCUUUCAAAACAAAGCAAAGAGUCCACAUCUGGAUCCAAAGAGAGAAGAAAACAACAAGCAUCCCAGUGAAGCCACAGAUCUUAGUGACGAACUCAAAACUAAAGAAAAGUCCAUCAGUAACCAGUGGCUAGAUGGCCUGGCAUCACAGACAUCCAUACUACAAAACAUCAGUGCUAUAGAAAGACCAAGCAAGGGAAGGGCAGCGUCAGAUAUCCCUAGCAUUACUGUAAGUGACUGGAGCUCAGAAGAAGACAUAAAGAAAUCUCAGAACAAAGCCAGAUGUGUGUCCUCUUUGUCCAGCCAAACCUCUGAAGAAGGCAACCAGAAUGGUAAACGCGGAAGUGACAUGUAUCUAACAGCUUCAGAAGAAAGCAACUCUGCUUGCGAAGAUGAUAACAUGGGUUCACCUAUGAGUGAACACGUUCAGUUGUAUACAUUACAUAAAGGAUUACAAAAGAGUAAUAACUUGGGUGGUAAAAAAUAUUUUACAUUUUCAAGUCAGCGGUCAAAACUGGAUGCCUCAUCCGAUGAACUAAAUUCCAAAAAUCAAAGUCAUGUCUCAAACUACUCAUUCUGCCCCAGUGAUGCCACUAUCCCAAGCCAAGUAUUUACACCAACCAUAUCUUCAUCAAAGAUAUCAAGUUCUCUGACAUCUGGACCAAUGUGUACCAACUCAAAAGAUGUGGUAACCAACUUACCUUCACCUAAGCAACGAACUCCUAAUAUCUUAAGUAUAAGCUCAUCUAUGGCCAAAAAGCACCUAAGCCAACCUCAGAUGAGCUCAGACAGGAUGUUUGGUAAAGAUAGGAAUGCGAUAAGUAUGGUGAAGCCAUUCAGGCCACAGGAGACAAACAUUGACUUGGUUGAUGAGCAGGGUAGUAACAUUAUCCAGAAGAUGGACACUGGACACGAUGACAGUUUAUUUUCAUAUGAUGUAAAAGAAAAUCAUGCUGUUGACCAGAACACUAUGAGUUCACCAGAUAAGAUUUAUUGUUCCAAACCACCAACUCCCCCGUUGCACCGGUUUCCUUCUUGGGAAAAUCGAAUAUAUGCUAUUGCCAAGUCUGGUAUGAGAAUGUCUGAAGUUUCUGUGGAUCCCAACAUCAAAAUAGGUACCACAGUGACAACAUGUUUAACAUCUGGUGUCUACACAUCUCUCAUAUACAAGAACAUGACCUCUCCUGUCUACACCACAUUGAAAGGGAAAGCGACUCAGAUAAGCACCAGUCCUUUGGAGGACUCAUCGGGAUCUGAGGAAGAAGUCAGCUCACUUUCCAGCUCACGGACCUCGGAGUCAGACUGCCGGAAUCAGAGUGAAGCAGGAAGUCCACGAGCUCUGAAACGAGGCAUCUCAUUCUCCUCCAUGACAUCAGACAGCGACUAUGCCAUUCCUCCUGAUGCUUAUUCCAUUGACAGUGAAUUCUCAGAACCAGAACAGAAGCUUCCAAAAACCUGUUCCUCAUCAAGUGACAAUAACAAAAAUGAACUCUUAGAAAAAUCUGGAUACUUGUUAAAAAUGGGAGGAAAAUUAAAAACCUGGAAGAGAAGAUGGUUUGUACUUAAAGGUGGAGAACUACUAUAUUUUAAAUCUCCAAGCGAUGUGAUCCGUAAACCACAGGGUCAAAUUGAAUUAAAUUCCACCAGUCACAUAGUGAGAGGUGAUGGGAAGCAGACUGUGCAGCUGGUGACAGAGAAGCGGACUUAUUACCUGACAGCGGACUCCCCUAAUAUCCUGGAUGAGUGGGUCCGAGUCUUGCAGAAUGUCCUCCGAGUCCAGGCAGCCAGUGUGCUCUUCACACAGCCAGAUGUAAAACCAACAGUUAAGGGGCUGCUGACAAAGGUUAAACAUGGAUAUUCUAAGAGAGUUUGGUGUACGUUGGUUGGAAAGACAUUGUAUUAUUUCCGCAGUCAGGAGGAGAAGUUCCCUCUGGGACAAAUCAAGCUCUGGGAAGCCAAGAUAGAAGAAGUAGAUCGGUCCUGUGACUCUGAUGAGGACUAUGAGACCAGUGGACGCAGCCUCUUAUCAACACAUUACACCAUUGUCAUCCAUCCCAAGGAGCAGGAUCCCACAUAUCUUCUCAUUGGGUCCAAACAUGAGAAAGAUACCUGGCGCUACCACUUAACUAUGGCGGCUGGAGUGACAGGAGUGACUGUGGGAACAGAGUUUGAGCAGCUGGUUUGUACACUGUUGAGUCUGGAUGGAGAGUCAUGCACACAAGUGUGGAGACAUCCCGCCCUCUGUCACAGCAAGGAAGCCAUAACGUCACCAUUGACCACAUUACCAUCAGAAGCAUUACAGACAGAAGCAAUCAAACUAUUUAAGACCUGCCAGCUAUUCCUCAAUGCAGCGGUUGAUUCACCUGCCAUUGACUAUCAUGUGUCCUUGGCUCAGAGUGCCUUACGUGUCUGCCUCACCCACCCAGAGCUCCAGAACGAGAUCUACUGCCAACUUAUUAAACAGACAAGACACCGACAGCCACAGAACCAGCCAAGUCCCAUCCAGGGUUGGCAGCUCCUGGCACUGUGCGUUGGGCUCUUCCUGCCCCAGCAUCCAUACAUCUGGCUCCUGAAACUGUUUCUGAAGAAGAAUGCAGAUAUCAGAACUGAGGCGGGAAAAUAUGCUAUUUACUGCCAGCGCUGUGUGGAGAGAACACAACAAAAUGGAGAUCGUGAGGCAAAACCUUCCAGGAUGGAGAUUCUCUCAAUUCUGCUCCGAAACCCAUAUCACCACUCCUUGCCCUUCAGUAUCCCUGUGCACUUUAUGAAUAACACUUAUCAGGUUGUAGGAUUUGAUGCAUCAACAACAGUUGAAGAAUUUCUUUGUACACUUAACCAAGACAUCGGGAUGAGAAACCCAUCACAGUCGGGAUUUGCGUUGUUUACAGAUGAUCCAUCGGGAAAGAACUUUGAACAUUGUCUACAAGGAAAUAUUAAGAUCUGUGACAUCAUUUCACGGUGGGAGCAGGCGUCCAAGGAGCAGCUUCCGGGGAAGUGUGAUGGCACCCGGACUGUGCGACUCACCUAUAAGAACAGACUUAAUUUCUCGGUGCAGGUGCGAGGGGAGACAGAGAGAGAAAAGCUGCUGUUAAUGUACCAGACGAAUGAUAAAAUCGUUAAUGGCAUCUUUCCAGUAAAUAAGGAGUUGGCGCUGGAAUUGGCUGCGCUGCUUGCCCAGGUGGAAACUGGAGACUUUGAACGUCCGUUCCAGGCCACAGCGGGUCAAGUAAAGUCAAACCAAGCAAUUAAACAAACCCUGGAGAAAUUUUAUCCAAAGCGGUAUAGAGAGGAUUGCACAGAUGAGCAGCUGAGGCAGCUUCAUCAGCGGCUGGCAACAAGAUGGGUGGCUCUGCGAGGUCAUAGCGCUUCAGACUGCGUACGAAUAUACCUCACUGUUGCAAGAAAAUGGCCAUUCUUUGGAGCUACCCUUUUUCCAGCAAAGCCCAUACCCCCGACACCCUUCGACGGGCCGCUGGUUUGGAUGGCUGUACAUGAAGAUGGAAUAAGUGUUCUGGAAUAUAACACUAUGAGGUUGCUGUUCACGUAUGUACACAGGAGUCUAAUGACCUUCGGAGGUUGGCGCGAUGACUUUAUGCUGGUAGUUAACACACAGACAAAGGACAACUCAACUGAAAAACUUCUGUUUGCCAUGGCGAAAGGAAAGAUUUUGGAGAUAACGCUGCUGAUUGCCAGUUACAUCAACACAGCUCAGCAUCAAAAGGUGGCCGCACACCAUCUCUCAGCCCCAGCCCUUCUCUCUGCUCAGGCUGAAGAGUCCAAGGCCAAACAUAUGGGAAGCCAGCUGCUCUUGGCAAACAACAGGCCAACCAAAGGCCCUACUUUGUUAUAAAAAAAAACAUGUACAGUACUAGAUCACAUUUCUUGAAUGGUACAAAAACAAAAGUUUGCACAGAAUACGUCCAUUAUUCAUGGAAACAGUGCAGAUCUGGGGAGGAACCUAUUUUGUGCGCUGAACCAAUGUUCAGAAUAUCAAAAUGAGAAUAUAUAGUAGGCUAAAAAAAAAAUUGGCAAGCCAAAAGUACAGAAUAACAAUACAACUUAUCUGUUAGAAAGGAAAAACACAACCAAAAAGAUAUACUGUAUAAAGCCCCUAGGGAUCAAUGUUUGAACAUAUCCAUCAGGCUCUAUGCUGUAAUAGGCUCUGAAGCUGAUCAAUAAAAUAUAAUGCAAUGGGGCUUGUUUCAACGCUUUUCAGUUUUCCUUCUCUAAAGGUUGUAUAUGAACAGUUAAACAAUUUGUGGCUGACGCAGCGUGAGUAGUACACCAGUUUGUGUAGUAUACCAUGUGUGAUUUUGAACUGCUCACGCAAAUACAGAACGGGACUGAGAAGGGGCGUUUACACAUAAGCGAAGUUCAGUAAGGACAUGUUCAUGCAAAUACAGACCAUGUAGACCAAACAUGAUGCAAAUUGCAAAUAUACACCUGUAAGGAGGUGGUUUGUUUCUACCCGCUACAAGGGAAGUGCAAGUGUACAUUGAUAGCUUGUAGUAAACUAGGUGCAUAUGCAGCCAGUGUGGAGGCAUCUCUUUCUAGAAAUGUGUACAGGCCUGUAUGUCCACAGCCAUUUUUUUAUGGAUUCCUAUGAGCACUUUACGCCCAUUUUGGUAACAAGCCUGCACUUUUAAACUGAUUUGUAGUUUGGGCUAAAUAUAGUUUUACAGUUGUGCAUUUUCAAAUUGAGGGGGGGGGGGGGGAUAAGCUAGAGUGAGAUAAAUGACAAACCAAUCAGCUCCUGGUUGUCAUUUCUCAAACACUGACAGUAACAUGGCAGCUGAUUGUUUUGUACUUUAUCUCUCUGCAAUGUUUGAUACAUCUUUCAUAUAUACACAGUAGCCAGAAACAGAGUAUUGAUUAGCUGUUCAAUGGUGUGAGAAGCAGGAUCCUUGAUGACUGAAUUACCAAUUAUACAAUUAUGACAUUUGUGGCAUCUGGUUGGUGGAAAAGAUGAGUUAUUUAUUUUGGUAAUAAACCACCAGAUCAACAAAACAGAAGACAGUGAUUGGUCAGAGAUAAUAAUAGUUCAAUUAUCUAUUGUUUGUAUGUGCAGGUUUCUUGAGAUAUUAUCACAAAUCUGUCUGUACACAGGGGAUUUGAUCCUCAGCAGCCACACUCAAUUUAAGAUACUGUGAUUCAAAUAAUGCUAUAUAAUAUACAGUACAUAUAUUGGGUACCCAUGUUUUAAAAUAUUUAAAAAGAAAUUACUUGUUCCUGACAUUCAACUCUAUCAAAUAUAUAAAGCCCUAAAUAUAGAGAGUUAUAAUAAUGAAUUAAUAAAACUUGUUGCAUUAUUAAUGGUAUGUGAUAUCGCUACAAUGUUAGGGAGCUGUUAGGUUAAAUAUUGGUUCAUGUCACAAAAUGGCUGCCACUAAUGCAUGUAGGUAACAUGUCCACUUUAAAGGUGAAGUACCGGCAUGUAAUAUUUUACUUUGGAAAAAUGUCUUAAUGGAACAACUAUCUAGAAUGUCACAGUGCUUAUUAGAAUGCCUGGUAUAUGGGGAUUUUCUGUUCUUCCAAUAAUAGUGUAUCAGCUACAGUUGCUAAAUUUUUAAGUCAACAGUUCAUAUAGUCCUGUAGUUCUGAUUUGUUUUUAUGUCAUAAAUGAUUGAGACAUUAUGAUGUCUAGAUUAACAAAGACUAGCGCCCUCAGAACAGUAUUGUAUAGUUUUAUUUUGAGCCUCUGCUAGCAGGGGGCUUUUCUAGAGGUGCUGCUCUAUAUUUGCCUGGCGCAAUUGGGUAUUUGUGAUAUAUAUAUACAUAUAUAUAUAUAUAUGUGUGUGUGUCAAAUAGUUGUUUUACUUGUUUAUGCUUAAAGUUCUAAUAGAGUGAGGAGGAAAAAUGUCUAAAUGGAACAACUAUCUAGAAUGUCACAGUGCUUAUUAGAAUGCCUGGUAUAUGGGGAUGUUCUGUUCUUCCAAUAAUAGUGUAUCAGCUACAGUUGCUAUAUUUUUAAGUCAACAGUUCAUAUAGUACUGUAGUUCUGAUUUGUUUCAAGCUACUGUAUUUGUACUUAUGUACAACUAUGUUUUCUACAGUUUAGUGUAUAUGAAAUGUGUUACAAGAAGGUAGUUAAAGGGGUUACCUUCCAGCUUCAUAUAACAUGUUGAUAUUGACACAUGAUUCUAACCUGUUCAUAUGAUGUUAGGUUUAUUUUCAUUUACUACGUAGUGCCUUACACUCAAUGGAGAGUCUUCUAUUCAACCUGCUGUUGUGCGCUAUGCUCUUCCAACAGCCUGAUUCAGCCUGUACUGUUCUCACACCCGGCUCACUUAAUCAACAGCUCACAGAAAGAAUGCCCAAGACAGAAUACAAAAAAAAUAGAAAAAUAUGACCUGGCAACGUGUCAGCUUUAAUGCAUUAUACAGAGUGCCUGAACACAUUCUAUAGCAAACAAAUUAAAUGGUAAUUUCCAUGAAAAUUUGAUUUUAUUAGCCUCAAGUGAAGAAAAUAGCCCGAAGAAAAAUAAGAUUUUCUUCUUACAUUAUUUUCAGAAAUUAUCUGAAGCAAUUACUCCUACAUUACUGCUGUGUAUGUUUGUGCAAGAAUUAUGUGUAUUUAUCCUGCAAAGCUUGGAACAUAAAGACAUAUGGAUGUAAUUGUAUAACUAAUUGAAGAAACAUACAUUGGCAGGCAUCAUAUAAUUUAGCUUCCUAUUUGCAGGAGUUUCUAUUCCAUUUUAAAGAGACUAGAGACCAAAUUCUUCAUCUGCUUUAUUUUGAGGAAUAAGGUACUGUAGUGCCUAAAAAAUGAGAAGUACAGUAGGCAUAAAGGCGGGGUGGGGGGUGG